GCUAAAUCGUUCCUCGUUCAUUUGGAUUUCUAGAUCACAGUUUAAGUGAUGUGUUUUUGGAAAUAAGGCUUUCAUUCACCGAUCAAACGAAUCUGUACAAUCUCAACCCAUUUGCGCCUAGGCCAAAAAGAACAAUAGAGUAUUCUCGGUUUCGGGACAGACAUCAAGAUUGGAUUGACUUGGGUGAAAAUAUACUAGAUUGCUCCUUCAAAAGGCGUUCAACGGGUAGAAUAGUUCCUGGCGUAAUUUUAAAGAAAUAAGGGGGCGAAGAGGAGGAGUGGAAGGAGGGUAAUGCCGGUGAGGAAGACAAAGAAGUCGAAGAGAGGAAAAAGUCUUCAGCUUCCCCUUUGCCAGUGGUGAGGCUCAACACGUCGCUAGCGACGGACCCGGCUGUCAGGUUGGCCCAGGAACCCGAACAGGGCUCCUCACCCACCCCGUCGACUCACUCAGGUUCUUCUGCCCCUCCAGUUUACUUCUGUACCCCUUGUGGCAUAAGGUUCAGCUCGCUCAGCACUCUUGAAGCCCAUGCGACCUACUACUGUUCUCAUAGAAUGCAUACAUUGCCAAGAGGUGGUGCUGAAAGUGAAAAUGAGGAUGUUAAGAGUGUUGCUGACAAGGAGGAAAUGAGUGGUGGUGACAGCAGCAGUGGAGAACCAGCUACAAAAGCAGUCAGAUCUGGAAAACAGUAUAAAUGCCCUCAUUGCUCUUACAGCGCCGAUAAGAAAGUCAGCCUGAACAGGCAUAUGCGUAUGCAUAGCAGUUCACCCAGUGGCGAAAGAAGCACUUCACCCCAACCUGCAGUCGAUCGCUAUUGUCAGGAUUGUGAUAUACGUUUUUCAUCUAGCAAAACUUUUAGAGCUCACAAAAUGCACUACUGCAGUACACGACAUGUUAUGAAACCCAAGGGAGUUCCAAGUCCAGGAUCACCAGUGGACACAAGGGCGUCAUCACCCAGUGAAGCAACUCGGGAUCAACCAUUUCUUGCGCUUCCUACAAACCCUAUCCUUAUUGUACCUUAUUCGUUAUUCCAAGGAGCUAGUCUAUUAUCGGGACCGGCAGCUGCAGGCCUUCAUCCAACUGAUACUGCUUACCUUCUUCUUUCUGAUGGAACACUGCAACCUAUGGCCCAGGCUAUAACUAGGCCCCUUGCCGAAAAAACACCUCGAGCCACGCCCUUCCAAACUCCGCAAGUUCAAAAGCCAGUGGUGGAAAAACCAAAGACAACCGAGCCAAUAGGAACAUCACCACUUGACUUAAGUUGUAGGAGAAGUGAAGACAAAGAAGCUGUCAUUGUCGAUAUGUGCGAGGAUGAAAAAGAAAACCGUCAGAGUGUCAAUAAUCAGAGAACUCAUACGACAACACCUGAGCAUGAAGAUAUUAUUUGCGCCCCGUCCAUUCCUUUGAUGCUUUCGACAUCUUCAACAUGUUCAUCCCCUUCACCUGCUCCUCUAUCCCCUUCAUUAUCAUCUUCCCCACAUUCUGUGGCGAAAAAGGGUGAAAAACGACCAAGGAGUGAAUCUGUCCAUAGUAAUAGCCCAAGCCCAAAAAGCACAAGGGUAUCACCUUCUCCCAACAUAAAAUCUCCAAGGCGGACACCAAAUGGAAUAAAUAAAUCUCCAAGAGACAGACAUACACCUGAAAUACCACCAAGUGCUAAAGAUAACAACAACAUCAAUCUGCAAAAUCUUCUUUUAGCUGCCGUUACCCAAAGUCAAAUUGAUAGUCUACAUAAUGUAAAAUCAGAAUUUCCAAAUUUGCCGUUUUCCCCAGAAAUCCUUUCGCAUCUGUCGGCAUUGUAUAAUGCAAGACUCUCCAAAAGCAAAGGGUUACAGCCUAUACCAGGAUUGUUGGCUGGAGGAAGUAGUAUUCCGCCUAUACCGAUGACAUUACCUCAGUUGUCCGGUGGAAGACCUUCAGCAGAACUACUAAAUCAUGCUGCCAUUUUACCCCUUCUAACAUCAGAAAUGGCUUUGAGAAUAGCAGCUGCUGCAGCUAGUUCAACUGAGCUACCUCCGCCGCCCCCGGCUCCUCCACAAGUUUUGGUCAAGCAGGGUGAUUCAAAGUGCCAAGAAUGUAACAUAGUAUUUUACAAACUUGAAAAUUACAUAGCUCACAAAAAGCAUUACUGUUCAGCAAGAAAAGUGGCUGACUCUUCUAGUCAAGAUGAGAAAACUCCUAGUCCUAUGGGAUCUUCAUCUCCUCCCACCACUCCUCCAAAAGAAACAAAAUCAAAAAGCCCCGUUGCGCCUGUUACCAACACACCGUCAACAUCCAAGCCUACAAUGUAUCAAUUCAUAUGUGCUGCAUGUGGAAUCAAAUUUACAGCUUAUGAUAAUCUUACAGCUCAUCAAACUUACUACUGUCCAAAAAGAACUAUCAAUGAAACCGAUAAACCUAGGAGAUGCCCAAAAUGCAAGAUGGCAAUGGUUGGUGAACACCACUGCAGUGGUAUGUCAGUAGGGUGGAAGUGCCCCUGCUGUCCGGUGACCAGCCCGACUGCGAGUGCUGCUCAAAAGCAUAUGGACUCCCACAGUGGAGUCAAAGCAUUUUUGUGUACAAUUUGCCGCUACAAAGGCAAUACUUUAAGAGGAAUGAGAACCCAUAUUAGGAUGCACUUUGAUAAACGGCCAACAGAGGUUAAUGAGGAGAAUUUCAUUACUUGUAUAAUUGAAGACGGUAAUGGAGGUGUAACAGCAGAGCCUCCGAGUAUUGACGAAGAGCCAAGUAAAUCACCCCAACCUGACAAAACGUCUUGCAAUGGACAAUCCGUUAAAGUGAAAGAAGAAUUUGUUAACAAUGGGGAAAAACCCGAAGACCCCGAGGAAGAAGAGUACAUUGAAGUCGAGGAUGUGGCCGUCAAGGAAGAACCUCUUAUAAAGACUGAAGAAGAGAACGCUGCAAGAGAAUCGCCCGUUUCUGAUCAAGCUGAUGAUCUUAGCAUGAAUAAUAAUAAAAGAGCUGGGCCAAGAUAUUGUGAAUCGUGUGACAUAUCUUUUAACUAUCUGUCUACAUUUAUAGCUCACAAAAAGUUCUAUUGCUCGAGUCAUCUUGGUGAAAAUCCAAAUGCUAGUAGCAACAACAGGCCAGCUGGUACACCAGUAACAUAAAAAUAUGUGGUUGAACAUUCAAUGUAUAUAUUGUCAAGAACCUGUGAAUAUAAGUAUUUUGCUUAAAGACAGUUUAGAAAAACCAGU